CAAUUUUUUAGGGUUUUAGACAGGGUUUGCCAUUUCAUUUCCCCGCUCUGAAGUGAGAGCACAACAUUACAGAUAGACUCUGCUGCAUUUUAAUGGCACUCGAAUGAAACCCUACUUCACCCCCACCGCUCUCUUCCACCCACCAAUGGCCUUCUCUGCAGCUUCUUCGCUCCUCCGCCACCAGUUCUCCCUCCCUCUCCACCAUCGUCUCUCUUACCUCCGCUUCCUCUCCGUCACUGCUCCUCCGCGGAAACCUCAUUUGGUGAGGGCUCGCCGCCGGGACGACGAGGAAGGAAACGGGAGCUUGGUUCUCAAGGAAAAGGAUGGCCGAGACGGGAGAAUUGUGCCCACCGAACUGCACAAGGAGGCCACCGAGGCCUACAUGGCCUACGCCAUGUCGGUGCUGCUUGGGCGCGCUCUGCCGGAUGUGCGCGACGGGUUGAAGCCGGUGCACCGUCGGAUUCUAUUUGCAAUGCAUGAAUUGGGCCUUUCAUCACGAAAACCAUACAAGAAAUGUGCUAGAGUUGUUGGAGAGGUUCUGGGGAAAUUUCAUCCACAUGGAGACACUGCGGUCUAUGAUUCCUUGGUGCGAAUGGCACAGGAUUUUUCCUUACGGUGCCCGCUUAUUCAAGGGCAUGGAAAUUUUGGUUCAGUUGAUGCUGAUCCUCCUGCCGCUAUGCGAUACACGGAGUGCAGACUGGAAGCACUCACGGAAGCAAUGUUAUUGGCAGAUUUAGAGCAAGAUACUGUUGAUUUUCUGCCCAACUUUGAUAAUUCUCAAAAAGAACCCUCACUUCUACCUGCUCGGCUCCCAACUUUAUUGUUGAAUGGUUCUUCUGGGAUUGCGGUUGGAAUGGCCACUAAUAUUCCUCCACAUAAUAUUGGAGAGUUGGUAGAUGUGCUUUGCGUGCUAAUUCGUAAUCCUGAAGCCACGCUGCAAGAAUUGUUGGAAUACAUGCCCGGACCUGACUUUCCAACUGGAGGACUAAUCAUGGGAAAUAUUGGCAUCUUAGAGGCAUAUCGAACUGGGCGGGGACGUAUAAUAGUCAGAGGAAAGACUGAGGUUGAAUUGCUCGACUCUAAAACCAAGAGGACUGCAGUCAUAAUAAAAGAGAUCCCCUAUCAGACAAACAAAUCCUCACUUGUGGAGAAAAUUGCUGAGCUUGUGGAAAAUAAGAGUUUGGAUGGCAUAAGUGAUAUUCGGGAUGAGAGUGAUCGUUCUGGAAUGCGUAUAGUGAUUGAGCUAAAACGGGGAUCAGAUCCAUCAAUUGUUUUGAAUAAACUGUACCGUCUUACUGCUCUUCAGUCUAGUUUUAGCUGCAACAUGAUAGGUAUUCUCGAUGGACAACCUAAACUGAUGGGUCUGAAGGAGUUGCUUCAGGCAUUCUUAGAUUUUAGAUGCUCUGUUGUUGAGAGGCGAGCAAGGUUUAAGCUGUCACAAGCACAAGAAAGAAGACAUAUUGUUGAGGGUAUUGUGGUGGGGCUUGAUAAUUUGGAUGCAGUAAUUCGUGUAAUUAAGGAAGCUCCAAGUAAUGCAAUGGCAUCAACUGGUUUGAGAAAUGAGUUUGGUUUAUCUGAAAGGCAGGCUGAAGCUAUAUUGGACAUAAGCCUAAGAAGGAUCACACGUCUGGAGAGAGAAAAGUUUGUAACUGAAAGUAAAUCCUUGAUGGAACAAAUUUCGAAGUUACAGGAACUAUUGUCAAGCAGGAAACAGAUAUUACAGCUAAUCGAACAAGAAGCAAUUGAGCUGAAGAACAGGUUUUCCACUCCGAGGCGUUCAAUGUUGGAGGACACUGAUAGUGGUCAACUUGAAGAUGUGGAUGUUAUACCAAAUGAAGAAAUGCUACUGGCUGUUAGUGAAAAAGGUUAUGUCAAGCGGAUGAAACCUAAUACCUUCAAUCUCCAAAAUCGUGGAACAAUUGGUAAAUCUGUUGGGAAAUUGAGAGUGAAUGAUGCAAUGUCAGACUUCAUUGUUUGUCAUGCACAUGACUAUGUCCUGUAUUUCAGUGAUAGGGGAAUAGUGCACUCAGCUCGUGCAUAUAAAAUUCCAGAAUGCACCCGAACUGCUGCAGGCACACCACUGGUUCAGAUCUUAUGUUUAUCUGAUGGUGAGAGAAUAACUUCCAUAAUUCCUGUGAGUGAGUUUGCUGAAGAUCAGUUUCUACUGAUGCUUACAAUGAAUGGAUACAUCAAGAAAGUAUCAUUGAAUUUUUUCUCCUCAAUCCGAUCAACAGGAAUCAUAGCAAUUCAAUUGGUUCCUGGUGAUGAGCUCAAAUGGGUCCGUUGCUGUACCAAUGAUGACCUUGUGGCCAUGGCUUCACAGAAUGGAAUGGUUAUUUUGAGUUCCUGUGAGAUUAUUCGAGCUCUAGGAAGAAAUACUAGGGGGUCCAUUGCCAUGAGAUUGAAACAAGGGGAUAAGAUGGCAAGCAUGGACAUAAUACCAGCAGCAAUUCGGAAAGACUUGGAGAAGGCAUUGGAAGACCGCCAGAGCCGUGCUAGGAACCUCAAUGGUCCAUGGUUACUGUUUGUGUCUGAGAGCGGUCUGGGAAAGCGGGUUCCUCUGAGUAGAUUUCGCUUGUCACCUUUGAAUAGAGUUGGUUUAAUAGGUUACAAGUUUUCCGCAGAAGAUCACUUGGCAGCAGUGUUUGUGGUUGGGUUUUCACUGACAGAAGAUGGUGAAAGUGAUGAACAAGUAGUUCUAGUGAGCCAAAGUGGGACCAUUAAUAGAAUUAAAGUUUGGGAUAUUUCUAUACAGUCACGGUUUGCAAGGGGAGUAAUUCUAAUGCGGCUGGAGUAUGCUGGAAAGAUUCAGUCAGCUUCAUUAAUGUCAGCAACAGAAACAGAGACUGAUGACGAAGAAGCUGUUGCUGUUACACAGUAAAAGAGUUCUUGCCAUUUUGAGAUGCCGAGACUCGUAGCAAUCAACACACGCUACAGCAACACACCUUACGUUAGGAGUGAUCAGUUUUGUUGAUGACACUAAACUCACAUAUGAAGAUAUGUGACAACAGUGUAAAGAAAGAACCAAGAGGAAGUAUUUGCUGUAACUAUGCUUGUAACUUUUUUGUCGCUCCAAUCAAGAUUUGCAACACUAGAACUUUAUCCCUAAGUAAAUUAUUUUUAAUUCCA